AAUAUUUUUUUUUUAUGAUCUGCCAAAGACUUCUCUAUUAUUUCACUGCAACUGUAAAUACAGCUUCAACAGCAAUCAACUUCUGUGUCUUUCACUCGCUUAUUAAAUAUUCUUCACAGGAUUCUCAUUUCCCCUCAAUUCGUUUUCUUAGAAUGGAAAAUCCGGUGAAGAAGGUGUUGCUCACUUCUAAUGGAGAUGAGAUUUCACAGAAUAUAGCUCUUCAUUUGGCCAAACGUGGAUGCAGGCUAGUCUUGAUGGGAAAUGAGAAAUCUCUAAGAAGCGAUAGAGAGAAGAUAGCUUCUGGAAGUUCAGUGCCUGUGGAUAUUGUGGGAGUGGAUAUGGAGGAGCAGCGCGAAGGGGCUUUUGAUGAAGCAGUAGACAAGGCAUGCAAGAUUUUGGGAAAUUUGGAUGCUUUUGUACAUUGUUAUGUCUACGAAGGAAAAAUGCAAGACCCUCUAGAACUAGCUGAAGAAGAGUUCAAAAAGACAGUGAAAAUAAACUUUAUGGCUCCGUGGUUUUUGCUAAAGGCUGUUGGAAGAAGAAUGCGUGAUAAUAAGUCAGGAGGUUCAAUUGUGUUUGUGACCUCAAUAAUUGGUGCUCACAGAGGCCUUUAUCCAGGUGCUGCAGCAUAUGGUUCAUGUUCAGCUGGAAUCCAGCAAUUAGUUAGACAUUCUGCUAUGGAAAUUGGGAAACACAAAAUCAGAGUAAACGCAAUUGCCCGCGGUUUGCACUUAGAAGAUGAAUUUCCUAAGUCAGUAGGGAAAGAAAGAGCAGAGAAGUUGGUUAAGGACGCAGUACCACUCCAAAGAUGGCUUGAUGCUAGAAAUGAUGUAGCAUCAACUGUCAUAUACUUAGUCAGCGACAGCUCCCGAUACAUGACAGGGACAACUAUAUUUGUCGAUGGGGCACAAUCUUUGUCUAGGCCUCGGAUGCGAUCUUUCAUGUAGUCCUUUGUACUUUUCUCUUUAGUUUGGUAUAGAUGUUCACACAGCAAAGGCUUUUUCAGUUGGAGUAGCUUCUUCAGAGAUUGCAGAUUGGCGUUUUCCUCCUAUGUUCUUUCGAAAGUAAUGAAAAGAUAGCUCUGAUAAUCUUUACAGAUAUUUGUAAUUGAAAUUAGUUCAUUUUUGUUAAUUGAUUUUUCAUAUCAUUGCAUUUUAGAAAUGGAAGUUCAACUUCAAAAAA